AUGCACUUUAGCACAGACAGUCGAUGUUCCAAGGUGUCUGCAGACAUAGGAAGGCAUCUCUUCCACCUUCCACCGGUGAACGCCAUAACGAGUGUGGGGAAAGCCGAGGCAGGCGAUGCAGAGGCAGUGCGGGUCCUCUCAGAGCCAGAGAAUCCACAACCGGAGGUACAAGAAUAUAAUGCCCUACCAGGACAGGAUGUCUUGCUGACUGAUCGCUACACUCAGCUGUUGAUCAUUGAGAAACACAGACAGAAAGAAGAGAGAGAGAAGGAGAUGCGAACCAGGGGAGCAGGGUUCUUUGAUGCCAGACAGAAAGAAUAUGAAAGUAUUACUGUGGACCAGCUCUUUAAAGCCAAUGAUCGUGGAGAUGUUCCCAAAGCAGUAAUACUCCAGGGCAACUCUGGACAUGGCAAGUCCUUCACCGCUCAGAAGAUCAUGUUGGACUGGGCCUCAGGAAGCCUCUACCAGGAUCGCUUUGAGCUCGUUUUACACCUCAGCUGCAAAGAACUCAACCGUCUAUACGAAGACGGUGAACAGAGUAGUGUUUUAGAUCUUGUGAAGGUUGAGAAGGAAUUUAUCCCACUGGUUCAGAAGAAACUGAAGGAAUCACCACAGAAGGUGCUUCUCCUUAUUGAUGGAUUUGAUGAACUUCAAUUCAAAGUGUCUGAGCACCGCAAGUCUCCUGUGAAAGACCUUUCCACACCAGCUCCUGUUGAUGACAUUGUCGGCGCUCUGCUGAAGAGGAACAUCUUAUCUGAGUGCCACCGGCUGGUCACUACCAGGCCUACUGCUUCAGAAAACCUGAACAAGCUCCUCAAACGUCCUGUGCGCUGCACUGAGAUUCUGGGCUUCUCUGAGGAGGGCGUACACGAAUACUUCAAGAGGUUCUGUAAAGAUGAGGAGCUCUGGGAGAAGGCACUUGGCAGUGUGAAGGAAAACGAAACUCUCUACACCUCCUGCUUCAUUCCUGUCAUCUGCUGGAUUGUCUGCACUGUAUUUAGGGAGCACAUGGAAAAGCACAUAGAAGUAACUAAUGCUUUGGAAACAACCACCUCCAUAUUUGUCCACUUUGUGAAAAUUCUGCUUGAGCACCACUGCCAGGGUUUGAAGCAGCCCUUGGCUCUGCUGAGGAGCCUUGGCCAGCUGGCAGAGAGCGGAAUACAGAAGCAGCAGGUUCUGUUCGACAAGGAGAGUGUGGAGGGCACAGUCUCAGAUCUCACUAGUGUUCCCUUCUUGUGUAAAUUCCUGCUGAAGGAGACAGUGGAAAAGAAGGAAAUGUUCAGUUUCAUGCAUCUGAGCUUUCAAGAGUUCUUCGCUGCACUUCACUACACAUCAGACCAGGAUCAAGAGAAUGUCAAGAAGAUGCUUGAUUCAGUUGAGCAACAUGAAGACAAAACCCAUAUCCUACCUGUCAUUCAGUUCCUCUUUGGUCUUUCAAAAGUGAAGGUAGUGCAAGAUCUAAAGAACCUUGGGUUAACCCACAAUCUCUGUUGGGAAGCAUGUUUGAAAGAGUGGCUGGUUAAACUCAUUGAAAAUAAAGAUUCUGAGAAAGAUGACAUGAUGCUCUUCACUCUCCACUGUCUGUACGAGCUCCAUGAUGAAGAGUUUGUGAGGACAGCCAUGGCAGUGUGGGAUGAGAUUUGGUUUGACAUACCCCUGACGAGGGCAGACUGCUGGGUGCUGCUGUACUGCCUGCAGUGCUGCUCCACCAUCCCAACUCUGAAGCUCGCAAAGUGCAAUAUCACACCAGAUAAGUUGAGAAUGAUGCAGCCUGCAUUGAGCAAAUGUCAGGAGCUGGGGUUACACAUGGAUAAGCUGUCAGAUGCUGAUGUUGAUGAUCUGGUCUCAGCUAUGGGAGAAGGAAAGACCAUCAGUUACUUGCAGUAAGAAAUAUAUAAUUUGUAUUCUCAC